GCUCACCAUCACUUCCCCCUUCUUUUUCACUUCCUAUCUGUUGUAGUGUCUUUCUUUUGUUUCUGCUUCAAUGGCUGAUACCAGUUCAGCCCCUGCAAAGAGAAUGUGGUGCUCUAUACCCGAAAGGUUCCAGCUGCAUGCGGCCAUGUUGGCCUUGCAGUUUGGCUAUGCCGGGUUCCAUGUUGUCUCCAGAGCUGCCCUCAACAUGGGCGUUAGCAAACUUGUGUUCCCUGUCUAUAGGAACAUUAUCGCUUUGCUUUUGCUCCUUCCCUUUGCAUAUUUUCUAGAGAAGAAGGAGAGGCCGGCAAUUACCCUAAAUUUCCUCGUUCAGUUCUUCCUGCUCGCACUUGUUGGAAUAACAGCAAAUCAAGGAUUCUACUUGCUUGGCUUAGACAACACAUCUCCCACUUUCGCAUCAGCAAUUCAAAACUCAGUCCCAGCCAUUACCUUUCUCAUGGCGGCCUUACUCCGGAUUGAGAAAGUACGACUAGAUCGGAAAGACGGCAUAGCAAAGGUGCUUGGAACCAUAUUCUGCGUCACUGGAGCCACAGUAAUCACACUAUACAAAGGUCCAACAAUAUACAGCCCAACACAAACACUACACAGCACAACACCAGCUUUUGUGUCACAGCUGGGAGAUGCGAAUGGGAAGAACUGGACCCUGGGCUGCAUCUACCUUAUUGGCCAUUGCUUGUCAUGGUCCGGUUGGCUCGUUCUGCAAGCUCCGGUUCUUAAGAAGUAUCCGGCCCGCCUCUCGGUCACCUCUUAUACGUGUUUUUUCGGUCUCCUACAGUUUGUGGUGAUUGCUCUGAUCUUUGAAAGAGAGGCACAGGCCUGGGUCUUUCACUCUGGUGGAGAGCUCUUCACCAUCCUCUAUGCGGGAGUGGUGGCAUCAGGGGUGGCUUUCGCUGUACAGAUAUGGUGCAUUGACAGAGGUGGCCCUGUCUUCGUUGCUGUCUAUCAACCUGUUCAGACUCUCGUCGUGGCUAUUAUGGCUUCUAUUGCUUUACGUGAAGAGUUCUACUUAGGAGGGAUCAUUGGGGCAGUGUUGAUCAUAGCGGGAUUGUACCUCGUCCUAUGGGGCAAAAAUGAAGAAAAGAAGUUUGCACAGGAUAAAGCUGCGCUCCAAUCCACUCCAGAGCAUGGGAACAACGUCAGGACUACAAGCCACAUCAAGUCAUCCAUUACUCAGCCACUACUUCCAUCAUCCUCAGAGAACGUUUGACCCGCAAACUCCUGACUUUUAACUACAGCUCUGCCUGCAAAAAAGGGGGAAAAAAGUGCUACCCUAUAUCAGAUAACUUGUGUGUGUAUGAUUUAUUUUUUUUUUCUUUUUCAACUUUGUUUUAUGGCUUUCUUAGUAGGAGAGAGGGUGUUCGAAAGAGAGAUUUCAAGGGGAUGAAUAUCAUGAUGAUCAUUGUCACCCAUGUGGGGCCGCAGGGCCUGAAUAUGCAUGCUUUAUAUAUAUAUGUUAAUUAAUU